CCGGUGUUCUCCAGGAGGAGAAGGAGAGCCGACCCUUCACGCGCCGCUCUCCGGGCGAUGCCAGUGUAAAUGCCAGGGCGAUGUCCCGACGCAAGCAGGGGAACCCGCAGCACCUGUCCCAGAGAGAAAUCACAGCCGAGGUUGAGCAUCACGAUGGAGGCCUGCUCUCGGACUGCCUCCCCCCUCACCCUCUCAUGCUCCCACCUCACCCGUUGGAUCCCAGUCUGGGCCACGCCCUCCCCCCCGGCCUGCACGCCGACCACGACCUGCUGACAUGCGGCCAGUGUCAGCUGAGCCUGCCGCUGGGCGACAUCCUCCUCUUCAUCGAGCACAAGAAGAAGCAGUGCACGUCGCCGCUGCUGCCCAACGGCUGCUACGACAAGAUGAACGAGCGAGGAGGAGGAGGAGGAGGGAGCCCCGCCCACCACACGAUCCAUCACCACGCUCAGAGGGCGGAGCUUAGGAAGGUAGUGGAGCCCGUGGAGAUCGGCAUCCAGGUGACACCUGAGGAGGAGGAGGAGGAAGGUGGAAGACGAGGACGAGGACGAGAGGGAGGGGAAAGGAGAGAGAGGACGCCCAUCAAAGGAAUCUGCCCCAAACAGGAAAACCACACACUGACAGGCGGCAGGAAUGAGCCUUCCAGCUACACCUGCACCACCUGCAAGCAGCCGUUCCCGAGUGCCUGGUUCCUGCUGCAGCACGUUCAGAACACCCACGGCAUCAGGAUCUACCUGGAGUCCAACCCCUCCAGCGCCGCCCUCACACCCCGCAUCUCCAUGCCUCCCCCCAUGGGCAACGACUCCAUCCCGCAGUCCCCCCUCACCAACUUCCUGGGAGACAACAACCCCUUCCACCUCCUGAGGAUGACGGGCCCUCUGCUCCGGGAGCCACCCCCAGGCUUUGUGGAGAACCGCCUCCCCAACACGCCUCCGUUCAUUAGUCCGCCUCCCCGCCACCACCUGGAUCCCCACAGACUGGAACGCCUGAGUGCAGAGGAAAUGGGCUUGAUCUCCCAGCACCCCAGUGCCUUUGAGCGGGUGAUGCGUCUGACGCCCAUGGCCAUGGAGUCCCAGUCUAUGGACUUCUCUCGGAGGCUCCGAGAGCUGGCAGGGAACAACAACAGCACCACGCCCCCCCUGUCACCCAGCAGGGCCAACCCUAUGCAUCGACUACUAAACCCCAACCCCUUCCAACCUGGGCCAAAAUCACCUUUUCUGAGCACGCCCCCCCUACCGCCAAUGCCCCCAAACAGCACCACCCCUCCCCAGAACCAGAACAAGGUCAAGUCCUGUGAGUUCUGUGGAAAGACCUUCAAGUUUCAAAGCAACCUGGUGGUCCACCGCCGCAGCCAUACAGGAGAAAAACCAUACAAGUGCCAGCUGUGUGACCACGCCUGCUCUCAGGCCAGCAAGCUGAAGAGACACAUGAAGACCCACAUGCACAAAGCUGGAUCUUUGACGGGACGCUCAGACGAUGGACUAUCCACCACCAGCUCUCCAGAGCCGGGCACCAGCGAUGUCACAGGGGAGGGCAUGAAGAACCGUGAUGGGGACUUCCAGGGGGAAGGCAAUGAGGAGGAAGAGGAGGAGGAGGAGGAAGAAGAGUUGGAGAACGAGAGUAGACCAGAAUCAAACUUCAGCAUGGAGUCUGAGUUCUACAGGAACCGGGAGAACGGCUCCAAACUGCCCUCAGAUGACAAAUCCUCUUUCUCCUUAGACAAGAUGGUGGACAAUGGAGGACUCAACUCUAUACAGCAGUACAAUAACCUGAUCGUUGACAAUCGUAAAAGGAUGCCCUUCUCCAAGAGGUGCUCCGACAUCCCACGGGACACUGGGGACGAGGACUUGGUGGCUGGGGAGAUGGACCACCAGCGGGAAGAGAGGACAACCAUUAACGGCCGGAACUGUGGGUCCGGUGACUCUUUCUCAGGCCUAUUCCCCCGUAAGCCCAACCCCAUCACCAGCCCCAGCCUGUCCAACUCCUCCAAUAAGAGGAUCAAGAUUGAGAAGGACUUGGACAUCCCACAGGCCCCCCACAUCCCCUCUGAGAACGUCUACUCCCAGUGGUUGGUGGGCUACGCCGCCUCGCGCCACUUCAUCAAAGACCCUUUCCUUGGCUUCACUGACUCCAGACAAUCGCCCUUUGCCACUUCCUCCGAGCACUCGUCCGAGAACGGCAGCCUACGGUUCUCCACACCUCCGGGUGACCUCCUGGAUGGCGGCCUCUCGGGCAGAAGUGGCACCGCCAGCGGGGGCAGCACGCCUCACCUGAGCGGAGGUUCCGGCCGACCCGGCUCCAAGGACAGCAGGAGGUGUGACACGUGUGAGUAUUGUGGCAAGGUGUUCAAGAACUGUAGCAACCUGACGGUGCACCGGCGCAGCCACACCGGAGAGCGCCCCUACAAGUGCGAGCUGUGCAACUACGCCUGCGCCCAGAGCUCAAAGCUCACGCGCCACAUGAAGACACACGGGCAGAUGGGGAAAGAGGUGUACCGCUGUGACAUUUGUCAAAUGCCCUUCAGCGUGUACAGCACUCUGGAGAAACACAUGAAAAAGUGGCACGGAGAACAUUUGAUGACCAACGAGGUCAAAAUCGAACAAGCAGAGAGAACCUCAGACUCCACACACUGACUAAAAAAUGAACAACACGGGGUAGCUGGAUACUCUUUUUUCUGAAACGUUAAUUUCUUUUUUCAUUUGUGUUUUUAAAAAAAACUGCCAACUGAGAACAAAAAAAGUGGAAACACCAUCCGAACGCCGAGUGAAGCUGUCUUACUGCCUCAUUUGGAGCUCUUUUUAAACAAUCAGUCAGUUGAGUUGAACAUGUGUGGAGCCUUUAACUGUGCAAUAAUUUCUGUAUUUAUUGGAUUUUGUAUUUUGGCAUGUGCAGGUACAUUUUUAUUUUAAGGCAUUUUUAAAAAAGAAAGUUGUUUCAUUUUGAUUUUGCAUUACUCUAUUUUUUAAAAAACCCACACGAUAUCCUGAGAGUUUUGUAGAAGACAAACGUCCAUUUGAAGUCUUGAAUCUUUUCUUUUUUUUUGGCCGCUGCUUGUAGGAAAUGUACAGUAAGCUAAACGUGUGACUUGUUGAAGAGAAGCUGAGUUCAAUCUUCAGUCUGACGGUGGCGUUAACUGAGAAUGAUAGAAUUAGAUUUGUUUUUUGUGUGUGAUGAUGAAACGCGGACAACAAUCCUUUGGCACUGUAGCAUGAACGAAUUUUUAAAACAUGUCAAUAUAAUUGGAUAUGUAGCACUGAGUGUCAGAUGUGACAGUAAAUGCGAAACAAAGAGGAUCCCAAGGUGCAUUAGCCCCACCUCCUCCUGAGAACGUCACAACCAGCCUGAAAAACAAACAAACAUGUUCCACAUAAGGCAGCUGCUGCUGGUACAAAAUACCGCAUCCCAACAACGCUACCACACACACCCUCUACACAUCCAAACACACACACACACUUACACACUCUGCAUGAGGCCAUACAAUCAGGACCAGGGGGAUCAGUCCCAGCCCUGCAGGAGCUCUUCAGAGUUAGUCAGGGGCCACACCUGUAAACCUUUGACUCUGAUCUGCAGCAGCAACCCUUCUGUAAUAAAAAACACAGGAAGCUAAACAGACCGCUCUGCUUUGAUAACAUUCUGUUUGGUCUGAAGACACCCCAGGUGUGGCUUUUUACCUGCUCUGGAGAAAUACACCUGCAGGGCUCUGACCCCCCCGAGGAACUGAAGUCAAACACCCCUCAUUUUGUUCAUUUUAUGGAUUUAAAGUCACAUUAGCAUGAAGCCAGAACAGACAUCUCAGGUCGAGCUUCUUUAUUUCCUCUUUCUCCUCCAGCGUUUACAUCUCCUCAUGUGUCGGAGUUUAUCAAAGGACAUGCACUCUUUUAUAAACAUGAAUCAGAGAAGGUUAAAUAUGAAACCACGUCUUCAGAUUUUUAUCAUUAGAAUGUAAUAAACAUGACCUUUUCCUGAUGCAUCUCUGCGCUCGGUAAUACAAUCAGGUAAAGGUGGAGAAAUACAUUAAUGUUUCGUUAUUAAUUCUAAAGUUAAAUCAUCGGAUGAGGGAAGUCUCUGUUUGCUGUGCAGCAGGUUGAAACAAACUGAAACAAACUUCAGAUCAGUGACUGCGUUCUUGUUUUUAAAGACGCUCAGUUCAGCUCUACUUUAAAAAGGUCUACUGUGCAGACAAAGAUCUUCUAUAAAAUCAAAAAAUUGCUGACCAAGUAACCACAUCCAUCAGCUGUGAUUACCCCACGAGGAAAUUAUUUAGUUUGAGAAGAGAGUUACAUAUGCAACUGCGGUUCUAUGAAUUCUGGAUGACCGCUACAGCUCUCUGUCACGACGAGAAGAUUCUGCCGGGACGUCUCUCAUGAUGACGCAGGCUAUUUAACCGACGUCGUGAGUCAUCCCAGGUCACACAUGACUUUGUUGAUAUUAAAUAUUCGACCUGAGCGUGCUUGUGACAGAUAGUAUCCAGUGUUAAGAACUGACUCUGGUGCAGAUAUUUCAAUUUUAAAUUCGACAAAGAUUGUAGCAGCAAGAAGAAGAGCUCAGCAAAAUGUUUAAGAAGUAAAAAAAACAAGAGGGAAGAAGAGAAACUGCCGCACACACUGAGAUGCUUCUGCUCACAGUGUGCAGAGAUUGAUUAUAAGACAAGAGGCAUCACUCCGACUUUUAUCUGAAAUUUCUCUAUUUAAUGUUAUAUCUGAUGUCUCCAACAAACAUCAGACCUGCACUUUAUGAUUUAUCCAUACAACACCCCCCCCUUACACACACACACACACACACACACACACACACACACACACACACACACACACACACACACACACACACACACACACACACACACACACACACACAGAGGGUGUAGAUCUUGGGAUCUCCUGACGCUGAAGUGCUCAGGGUUGUUAGGCGAGGCUCUCCCAAUGCUGGCACUAUAAAAAUACAAAUUAAAAAUAAUAAUUACGAAUAUUUAUUUGGGACAGUUUUGUACUGCCGUUCAAUUAGACAUGAGUGUGCCUUGAAUAAUGAUCUUCCUAUUUAUUGUCUCAGACAAAUGCAACACUUUUUAUGACGCAUCAGAUUUAAAAAAAAUAAAAAUAAAAAUGUAAAACUAUCGUAUUCUGACAUUUCAACAGAAUGGUUUCAAUUAAUGCUGAGUUUAGGUUUAGGAGCAGCCAGCACAAUCUCAAUGUGUCUGUGUGUGUGUGUAUAUAUAUAUGUAUGCAUAUGUACAUAUAAAGGCACAAACCUAUUUAUAGAUAAACUUUAUGAGAAUCCUCCCUCAGAAGGAGCCGAGUCAGUCCCAAAACGAAGAGGACGAAGAGCCACACAAAACGUCCCCGAAGAGACACAAAUCAGGAAACUCAGAAAAAGGAUGUAGUGCAUUCUGUCUUUAAUAAGUUUACAGUAUUGAAACAAGUACAAGGGUAAAAUAAUAUGUGUGUGUAUGUGUGUUUGAAACAAGCGAGUAUUUUUUUCAGGUUUGCUUCUAAAGUUUCUCUGACGUGUAAAUCUUUUUCCUUUCGUUCUUUUUGGUGACGGGGUUUUAGUAUAUAUAAAUAUAUAUGAAUAUAUAUGACAUUUCUCUUGUUUACUGUAAAGUAUACCAGUAUUUGUAAUAUUGGAGAAUGCCUGGGCAUUUUACUAAACUAGAAAAAAAGGUUGUUUUUUUUUAUCUUUUCUUUUUUUUUUUUGCAGUUUUAAACUUGUGGGUCUCUGAAGCUGUUUUUUGUCACUGUAACUGUAAAAGUCUUCAGUUUUAGUAACUUUGAUUCUGCCUUGGGUGUGAUGAAAUCAAAAAUAAAACAAUUUUAAAAAUGA